GUCCAGCUGCUCGCCGACACAACUGUGAUGAAAAAUGUAUAAGCAGGACUUAAUUUUACUGAUAUGUGCGUGCGGUGCGCUAGCAGCGCUCGACGGCUACAGCCCGCAGCAGGACCCGGACCAGUUCCACAUACAAACCGACGAGGACGACGAGCGCUACUUCCUUUACCAGACCCACAACGGGCAGUACAGAAAGGAGCGUCGGCUGAAAGAUGGAUCAGUUGUCGGUACGACUGGAUGGGUCGGUGCAGAUGGCUACCUAAGGUUGCAAGACUACAUAGCUGACAAUGAAGGCUACAGAAUAUACAAAUCUAAGACUGUUUUUGUGGGACAGAACCGACCAAUUGGGGAGUCGCUGAAAAUAGCAAAAACCGCACCAACAGACUCUGGCUUCGGCGUAACACCCGCACCAGCCCACCGACAGGUGCCAGUGAAUCGAGGGACCCCUCGCUUCAGCACCACCACCCAAACCCCAGUGCCAUCUUCAACCUUCGCCCCGCCUUUCCCCUCGGAGGUAUCCAUCACAGCUCGCCUCCCGACCUCGACACCUCGCGUCCACGUAUCGCCAAACUCUAUCGAUACCUCAACUCCUCAUUACGACUUCAGACCGAUAACCGCAAGCGAAGCCACACCUUCUCCAAACUCGUACGACACUAACAGCCUCGAUGAUGGCUACUACGCCAGCGCCAGCACACCGUACAGAAGAGUCGACAUCUACAACCCAAAUUCUUAUAGACACGCGGAUGCCUGGCUAGCAAGGCAGAGAGCCGGAGCUCAGAUCGGCGAUGGCUACACUCCUCAAUUCCCUGCUUACGACGGCGUAGCCUUUAGGAGAAACGGGUUCCGGUAUUAUCUACCGAAACAGUACCAUGAGGAGGAAACUGAUAGUUCCGACGAACGAACGGGUAGCUUCGGAUACGUAGACCCAUUCGGUAUCCGCAGAGUGAUAUAUUAUAACACUUCGCCAGGACAAGGGUUCCAAGUACGCAAGAACAAUAGAUAUGUCGGCCAUGACGCCACGCCUUACGACCCAAGGCCAAUAAAUUAGUGUGCUUAAAAAACUUUGUAAGUGAAAUAUAGUUACCUAAUUAAAUUAUUAACUAUGAAUCAGUAUUGUUCACAUGUGACUAAUUAAUGGAGACAAAACGAUUUUCGAACGACGCGAACACUUAGCCAUUAAUAUUACUUGUAAGUGUAAUUAAGUAAUUAAAAAUGUAAAAAAAUGAUGCUCAUAAAUUAAGUUAUUUAACGCAUAACUUAAGUUUAUAAAAUGAGUGAUGUAAUGAGUAAUGAGUUAUAUUAAUUAUACUUUAUGAACACGAUUAUUAUAAAAGCAGGAAUAAUAUUUCUGUUAUGAAACUGCACGCGCUUAAUAUUCUUAAUUGUGUAAUAUAUGAUCAAAAUAUUUAUGUAUAUUUAGAUCAAGUAAGUGCCAUCACAUACAUUGUACCUACUUAUUUAUUUUAUUGAAAAUCACAUCGUAAUUACCUUAAUAAGACAAAAGAUAACAAUGCAGCGAUUCCAAAAGUAUUCUUUCUAUUUACAAUAUUAUGUAAAAAUUAGAAAAAAUACCGUUAAGACAAUAAAACUAUCAAAUAAGGACAUUGUGACUAUACCCACGCCUCAAAGUGAAGGUCAGUGAACUCGUGUGUGGUGAUUUUGUCUGUAAAAGGAAGAGUGUAGGUAGUUAAUGUAUUCAGACUAAAAAAGUAAUCCAGAUAAAAAAACCUGCGUACUUAAUUUGACCGCUGUUUAUAAUAUAAGUAUGUAUAUAUAUUCAUAUUCAACUCAAUUGUAGCUUGCCGCUAAACAAUAUUUUGAGACCAGUCAUUUCGAAACUUUUUGUGUCGAAAAAUUAUACUCUCUGACACAAAAUUUUUCAAAAAGCAGAUAUUUUUAUUAACUUUAAAGCCUUAAAAACAAUAUUCCGACAUCAAAAUUACAUCUGCUAGUUAUACCAUAUCAUUACAUGAUGCAUCCAAAUAUAUUUACAAUUUAGCCGUCUUGAUAUUUUUAAUGGGAAUUCUACGAAUUUUAUUACUUAUACCACCAGCUUAUAACGGCACUAAAAAAUAAUUAUAGAGUCGACUCAGUCGACCACAAAAUUUAAAAAGGUAGUACUUAAUAAUAAACACUUUAAUGAAUAAUAUGUUAAUUUUAAUAUUGGCUGUAGAUGCUCCACAGUAACAUAGUUGUAAGUUGGUGCAUGUCUUAUGUCGCGGCCAAUAAUUCUUCAUUACAUCGUGCAAAUUGUCAGGGACCUAUUUGACUUGAGAUUGUAUCAGAAGAUGAUAUGAUAAGAUUUAACACUUGGCCGUUUGACAGUUUGGCCGUUAAUCGCAA